AUGAACUGGAUGACGGGCGGGAAACACCGCGCGCUGUACUCGCAGCGCGGCCAACGUCGACAGAUGCACUUUCCAUCGCAAGUCCAGCGGCAGCGUGUCAAGCCCUCGAGCCCAUCUCGAAGCGCUCAGCCAGCAGCAGCAGCCAGAGCGCGCGACUCGACCACGCCUUGGUACAUUGUACAAGUAGGAGACGACACCGAGUCUCAAGGUCGGGAGCGUGCUCGUGUACCCAUGAGUCACUGGACUCUUCGUGUGGCUCUAGUAGUGACAACGUUCUGGUGGUGUCAACGUGCAGACAUUCGCGUGCUGGAGCUCGAGCGGCAGAGAGCAAAGAGUUCCAAGCCUGCCACGAGUCAAGAAGUGACGGGGGAAACUGCAGCGCUGGAGGUGACGAGUGACUGGACACUGGACAGCAGGGCACGAUUGAGUCCAAGCCACAAGACGAGGCGUGGCCAAGACGCAGUGGAGGGUCGAGACGGAAGCAGUGGGAGCAGGUGUGUCUUCACUCCAGUCAAGAAGGCGAGAAGAGGCGAACAGCCGUUCCGAGCUGUUCAACGACUGCCAGAUGCCAGUGGUGGAGAACGACCACUAUCAACAGUUGCCUCUGAUGGUGACACGGUCUUUGUCAACGACGGUAAGGAGCUUCGACACGAGACGCAGGCUCAACACACUGAGCGAGAAUGUGCUCGUCGGUUUUCAUUUGAAACACACGAUGGUCGCUUUUCACAGCACAUCGGCCAGAACGACGACCGAAACCUUUUCCAGCAUCAUCGUCAAUCUAGUCUGGACAAAGACCACGACACAGAAACAGCCUUCGACUGUCGAAUGCCUGAGGUUCAGCAGCAAGCAUUUGACGGCAUACACGGCCAUCAACAAGCCUUCCUUGACGAAGUGAGCGACAUUGAUCAGCGAUACUUCCAGCGUAGCAGACUCGAGUCUGCUUUCAGUGCUGGCUCCAGUUCAGACUUGCCAUUUGAUCGAUCGGAUAGCCACUCGUUCGUGCGAAAUCCCUAUCAUCCUCGCGAGAAUUUGACGCCAUCAAGUCCAGUCGCAGCCUCGCCGUUGUCUUUCAGAAUGAGCCGAGCUGAAGGUUUGCAAUUCCUGUCAGCAAAGUUAUGCUAUAUGACUUGUUCACCUUUCUUCUCCAGUCCUGCAGUCCCAGCUCUCUACCCGAGCUCGCACAAUGAUACUCAGAGGAACUCCACACACAACCGGCACCCGUCGCCGUCACCAUCGCCAUCGACGUCAACAUCGUCACAGGGCAGUGUCGUGCUCGGCCAUCCUCCUCCUGGCUGGCAGAAGAAGAUGUUGAUGUCGCUGAAUGACGAAAUGAUCGCUCGACACGAGGAUCAUCUCGAGAAGCUUGUGUCGUUUCGAGAAAACAUGAGCUCGUCGUCUGUUGCUCAUGUUGUUGGCGCCACGGAUUGUCUGCAGAGAUCUCCGUCCAUCUUUUCGUCAUCGCCUAGGAGCUCGACAGGAAGCGAUAGUGAAAGCUCGCUCAUCAACACAGUGGUCCCGAGCAAUGUGAAAGAGCGCAAACUAGCGGCUGCUGCUUCGCAACAACAUCCUCCAAAUCCACGGAUGUGGUUUCAACGAUCAGCCACGACGAGAUCUGGCGGUGAUACCGACGCAGUCACACUAUCAGGCGGAAACACCGUAGCACAACAGCGGUCAUGGGCCAUGUCGACGCGCACAAAGACCAUCCUGGAUACAGUAUCGUCGUCGAAGGCCUUCUCUGUCGAAAAUGCAACUGAAAUGCACCGGACCGAGCACCAACAAAUGGAAAGCGUUGCGGUUUACAUGUACACCCUGGUACAGUGCUACAAGAUCGACGAGAGUCUUCGGUGCAACCUACGCUGUCACUUCAUUUUUCACGGUAUCCUACUCAUCGUGUUGAUAUGUCAAUUUGCGGACAGAUGCGGUACACCACUAGGUGGGCACGUCCAGCCGGUGUCCAAAGUUUCUUCCACACCGCUCGCCGACGCUGCGUUACCAACGCCCAAAGCUUGUCGACGAGAAAUCACUUUCUCGCCCAUGAAUGCGAGGUCCCGAACAAAGGUGGACUGA